AUUCUGCUGCGCUUGCUCUUCAUUCGGCUUCUGGCGUUUGUGACGUCAUGAAGCUACUAGUUAUGACAGCCGCAUGUGAAAAGGCAAAAGCAAGCUUUCCUCUCCAGAAACGCCGGUGUAUGGCUUCAAAUCUUACUAUUGAGAAGAUCAUGUCCGGUGGUCAUUUGAACGGUCACGGGAGGAAUUUAACGUCUCCAGAUGCAAACGGUGAAAUGGACGAAGAUUCACUCUCUCCACCACCUGCUAAACGAAAACGAACUCCUCCACCUCCUCUCAUGCCUAUUCCGAACGUUCCGCCGACUUCAACGGAUCUACAUUCCAUGAUUCUUCAGCAACAGGCCGUGGCAAAUCAUACUAUCAAUUCUGAGAUAAACCAACUGCAAGAUCAAUUGAAACUGGUUGCGUUUCAGCAAUCCCAAUUACUGCAACAACAAAAUAAAAAUGCUGCCGAACCGAUUGCACUCCAAAUGCAUGGAUUGCAAAUUCAACAACAGCAGAUACUACAGCAGUUGCAGUUGCGACUGCAGAUGGCUGCGGGAGCUCACUUUAUGCAUCCGGCAGUCGCUGCGCUUAAUCAUCAAAUCUGGAAUAAGGAAGAAAAAGAGCAAGAAAAUGGACAUUCAGAUUCAAGCAAUAGAAACCAUGCAUUAUUUCGGAGUAAUGUCUGCAAAUGGCCAGGAUGUGACCAAAGUUGCGAGGAUUCGAAUGCUUUCCUCAAACACCUCUGCGAUGAACAUCCACUCGACGACAGGAGUACGGCUCAAGUUCGCGUUCAAACACAAAUUAUUCAACAUUUAGAAGUUCAGCUAUCCAAGGAAAAAGAAAGAUUGCACGCAAUGCUAAUGCAUUUGAACUCUCCUAGAAAACCGCCGUCUCCGACACCCAUCAAAAGCGAAUCGCUUCAUAUGAAUCCUAAACUGCAAUUAGCUACCAGUCCCGUAACACCUCCUUCGUCACAAUCGAGACGCAAUCGUAUUACGGAUAAGACUAGUAACGCCUCAAUAUCCCAGGAGAUAACAAAGAACCGUGAAUAUUAUCGAACCAAUGAUAUGCGACCGCCUUUUACUUACGCAUCAUUAAUUAGACAAGCGAUCAUCGAAUCAGCUAAUAAACAAUUGACAUUAAACGAGAUCUAUCAAUGGUUCCAAACCAACUUUUGCUAUUUUAGGAGAAAUGAAGCUACAUGGAAGAAUGCCGUUAGGCAUAAUCUUAGCCUGCACAAGUGCUUUAUGAGAGUAGAAAAUAUUAAAGGGGCUGUCUGGACAGUAGAUGAAGAAGAAUUUUAUAAACGACGGCCCCAAAAAGCUAAUGGUCAAAAAAGCAACAAUACCAAUUCUGUUAUAAACCCGUCUUUACCUUUGCAACCAGGACUGUAUGGUGAACAUUUAACAGCGAAUUUGAAAGCUGUUUUAGAACAAAAUAAUAUCACCUCCUCUCUUCUAAAUAAUUCUACGCAUAUGGUAUCGGAGGGUGAAGAAGAUGACGAAGCGGAAGAUCUAUCUAUUAGGCCCACAAUGGUUCCGGAGAGAUGCCAUAUUCCAGAUGAUCAUUGUUCUUCUCCAUCUGAAUCGUCCAACAGCGUCUUCCCUCGAAGAUCCAUUGAUGAAGAGGGUGAGCCUGAAAAAUCAGUUCAAAAUGACGACAUCAAAGAAAAUUCAGCUUCGUCUCCAAAAUUUGGCGACAACUCUACGGAUGGUGAUUGA